AUGCCAAAACCAGCACCUCGUUUUGCCAUGGGGCAUAUACUUCCCCGUCGCACCAAUGUGGGGUCUCAGUUUUUGUACACACAGAAACACGGAGCUCGUAAUGUUUGGUACAAGAAGCAGUACUUUUCUAUUCGACCUUUUGCCAUUCAAAGACAUAGAGGUACAACUCCACGCAUCUUGCUUGACCGUAGCCUAUGGAAAUCGGUUUGGCUUACCAAAGUAAACCUUCCAGAUGUCAAUCGGUGGGAACGUGUUGUGAACAGUCAGCGUAUCACUGAAGAUCGAUACGCCCUGGUCGAAGAAGAAGGUGUAAUGCAUAAGGUAAACUGGGGGCUUUAUUGUGAACGGUUAGAAACUGAGUUAAAAGCUUCUCUGGAGCGAUUACCACAGUACACACUUCUGAUGAAGGCGGUUCCUUCAAGCUGGAAAAAACUUGACAUUGAAAUUAGCGUUAUACGUGGAUUGUCGUUGCGUGAGGCUAUGGCGCAAUGCAAACUGUCCAUGCGGAAAGGGCAUCAAAUUGUUUUUCGGGCUCUUGAAAUUGCCCAGCAAGGAGCUGAAGCGAAAGGGCUUGAAAAAGAUAACUUACGCAUCGCACACAUUUCUUGUUUUCCAGGUCCAACAGACAAGCAGAUUGACAUUCGCAGCCGAGGAUACUAUGCCUGGAAAACGAAGCGGUCUUCUCAUUUAAUCCUUACCUUGGCUGAAGAUCCAGAGAUGGUGCUUCCCGAUCGUACCUCGAUACCUUACGCUUCUCUACUAUCCAUGAAGCGUGCUGGAUUAUCUACGGAGCCCACGGUUCUAGAUGUGCCUGCUAUCAGUGCAGAUGGUAUCUAG